AUGGGCGCCGCUAAGAUCAUGCAAGCGAUCACCUCGGCUACUGCUAUACUGGGCACCGCGACCCCUGCACUGGGCAGCUUAGUAGUUGACACAGCACCCAACAAACCACAACCUUACGUCCUUCCCAACCUGAAAGGUGCCGCCGUGGACUUCGGAGGCCUCAUUAUUCGAACCCUUGUUCCCAACGUCACUUCAUCCGGCAGUCUUUCGAUCGUCAGCGUCAACUCUGGCCCAGCACCUCUCAACCUCAUCCACUACCACAAAGAAGUAGAGGCAUUCUACGCUCUCAAGGGUGGUGUUCAAGUCUUCCAUAAUUCUGACCAAGGUCGUCAGGUCCAAGCCAACGAUUUUGUCUUUCUCGCCCCAGGCAACAACCAUACUUACCGCCCAAAUGAUCUCGAUUUCCAACUAAGUCUGUGCAUGGCCCCCGGUGGGAUCGAUGAAUUCUUUGCAGCCGCCGGCACCCCGUAUAACUCUGUCUCGCCGUAUGACCCUGAAGAUCAAUCUCAGCUGAACGUCACCAAGGUGUUGGGCUUGAUGCCGAAGUACAAUAUAGCACCUCAGCCAUACAACACUAUCAAUCUGGAUUGGGUCAAUGGUACUACAGCGGAUGGCUUGGAUACCUGGCAUGUCGCCGACCAAACUCUACCAAGCGAUGCUUCUAAGCCAUAUUUUAUCUCCAGCAAUCGCGGACCGAAGUAUUUGCACCGAAGCUCAGGCAAGAUAAUUGCUCAGCUCGCUUCCACGAACCAAACCGGCAACAAGCUCAGCAUUGCGACUAUCGCUAUGAAGCCGUGCAAGAAAACACGACCGAUCAAGUUCAACGUGGAUCAAGCCUUGCAGGUCACAGAGGGUCAACUGCACAUUGAGAUCAACAAAGAAACAGCACAAAUGAUAUUCGGCGACCUGAUUUUCAUCCCCAGAGGAACAUACUUCACUUAUUGGUCCACGGUCGGCUUCACCAAGUUAAUCAAUUGGUCGGCAGGUCCAGGACUAUCAGACAGCCUCAUCCAGGCUUCAGAGCAAUGGGAUCACGCGGUUUGGCCCGCAUGA